AUGGACCCACAUUCUUUAAGCCGGUCACGUCAAACUCCUGCUGCAAGAACCCACAUCGUCUACACGGACCAAAAGGGUAGAAAAAUACCUUAUGCUGACAAAAUCACUCCUGAACCAAUUCUAAACAACAAUGAAGGAAGGGACACAAAAGCUGACUCUAUCAGGAACAGUUAUAACAGUCAAUUUAAAGUUGGCAUAUAUGGAUGGAGAAAGAAAUGUCUGUACAUUCUUGUUAUGGCACUUAUGUUUAUGAUGAUUCUUAAUCUUGCGCUGACACUUUGGGUUCUAAAAGUGUUGGAUUUUAAUUCGGAGGGCAUGGGUCAAUUACGUAUAGUUCCGGGAGGUUUGCAACUACUAGGGCAGGCUAUUGUGCUGGACUCUCUUUUCGCGUCCAGUAUCAAGUCACGCCGAGGUCAACCCAUCUCUGUUGAAUCGUCCAGAAAUUUUACAGUUUCUACUCGAGACUCACACGGAUCUCUUCAGAGUAGAUUAUACUUAGGUCACGACCGCUUAGAAGUGAAUGUGGGGAGGCUAGAGGUACGGGAUGCACGUGGCGGCUUAUUACUGGGUGCGACACAAGAUUCGGUGACGGUGGGUGCCGAUAAUCUUGUUGUGACCAGUCCAGCUGGUGCAUCCUUCCACACUGCAGUUCAAGCGCCACUUGUGCGUGCACCGCCAUCGAAACAACUAGUGUUGGAGUCGUCAACACGGUCAUUAGAGAUGCACGCGACCCAGGGUAUUUCCAUGCAGUCCAGAGCUGGAGACAUAAGUGCGAGCUGUCUCACCACCUUUCGACUACGAUCUGUCGCUGGCGCGAUACGGCUGGACGCUCCAAAUAUAUACAUGCCAAAACUAAAAUCAGCUCUACCUCUACCUCCGUCAACACCACACACACAUGACCCGCAUCAUCAAAAUAUUUACCAACUAUGUGCUUGCGCUAAUGGGAAGUUGUUUUUAGCUCCGCCACAUGGUGUUUGCGCUGCGAGAGAAGAAAGCCUAAUCUGCCGAUGA